GAGCAGGUCUACCUUCGCCACCAUUUGCUCACAGAUCACGAGGAUCUGUCCACUUAUGACGGCGUCGUCAGGCAAAUAGCGUACAAAUUUCUGGCACCACUGCCCACUGUGUCCCAGAAUAUCGUCAUCAGCGCCACCACCGAGUUAGUCCAUCACAUGUCCUCCACGAUCAUCACCACCGAAGUGGUCGAACUGACCACGACAUCCAUCACCGAUAUCAACCAUCCGACGGCAUUCCCGGCCAAAAACAUCAACAACACCACCACAACGUCAGUGAUACUGCAGAAUGAGAACUACUCGACCGCACUGACCAUCACGAUAGGCAUCGGGUGCUCACUACUCAUACUAAAUAUGCUUAUAUUUGCCGGUGUCUACUAUCAGCUGGAUAAAAAUAGAAAUAUUGCUCAAAACAACUCCAAUCAAAAGUCCAACAAAAAUGAAGAUUCCCCAUCAAAAGGAGAUGAGACUAUAGCGCUCUCGGAUAAGAUGGAGGCGUCGACUAUAUCGCGAAUGUCUAUUCCGUCGCCCAUUAGUAAUAUGAUCGGCCGAUCGGACAGUAGCGACCAUUUGGAUAACAUCUACUACCAGUACAAAGCAGCCAAGUCUUACUCGAUGGCCAAUAACGUGGGCCAUAACAACGGCCACAAUAGCCUGCGGCGACCGCAGAAAGUCAAUGUACCGACCGCACCGGUACCCAAAAGCUCACACCACGAUCAAGCAUCACAAGUGCCUUCACAUUUAGCCAAUGAUUUGAAACUAAUUCCCGUUUAUAUUGAACAUAAUUUGUCCGCUAAGGAGAUGGCGGUCUAAUUGAUGAUUACUAGUCUCACACAAACAC